UCGAACUUCAUGAACUCUCCCCAUAAACUCGGGGAGUUUCACACGGAAUACCCAGAUUUACCAGGUCCACCUCGAGAACUACUCGGAUGGGUUACGGCAUGGGAGACGGGCGAGGAACAAAACUACGAUCACGGGAGGGAAGACAAAGCAGAAGAAACAGAGUCGUUGCUAUCUACGACUCUAAACUAAAUACCCUCCGAGCCGGAGCGACCGCGGGAGCGACAGCAGUGGGCAGUUUGCCCACCAACUUCUCCAGGAGAGCCGGGACGCUCUCCUGUUCCGUCCGCAGACGGCGCAGCGACACAAUUUGCUGCCCAGAGUCAGCACCGAAACAACACAAGACAAACAAGGGGAAGGGGUCGGCAAGCCCCGACUCGAGGACUAAUCGUCGGGACCGCCUGUUCGCUUCGCUCACACUUGGAGGAAGCGAGAGUGCCCUCUCAAGACAAAAUAAGUAGGUAUCUUCACAUAGAAAAUUAUAUAGAAAGGUACUUUUAGUGUGCGUUGAAGCUUUCUUUGCAAAGUAGAGACCGAUUUUACGUCCUCGAAUGAUCUGAUAAUAAUGAGCAAAGAAUCAAGAACAGCAGCAGAAGCAAAGAGGGUGGGCGACUAUUAAAUAUGCGAAUGCUCAUUCUCAUCCAGACUAUUCUCAAGUAACUAUCCUCGGCGUGACAACAAGCUAAUUUAGCUACAUUUAGUUCCUGUCACCGGCGAGGAAGGCACUAGCCUCUCACCACGAAACUCAUAAGCUUUCCCAAGCACUAACAACAGCGCCAUACCUCUUAGCAUCAAGCUAACGAUCGACCUUUCCAAAAACCAUGGCUGCAAUUUUAGUAUUCGAUAAAUCUCAUGAGACUUUAUGAGAAACUAGCGCCUUCCUCGCCGUCCAAAACCGCGUGUUCUAAUCACGAAGAUAGUCGUCCAGUCCCCAAGCCACAGGCGCGCGUCCGCGCUUGCGGUAUGACGUCGCUAAACACCGUUUUAGCUUCCCAGCGCGCCCAACCGCAUCCCCAACCCACCCCAAUCCAUCACCACGCAUCGCCCAUCGCGAAGACAAGCCAUACCCGCCUUCGUGAUGAGGAAUGCCAUACCGCUCGCUUCCCCCCCUCAUCCCUUCUUGUCGGCGCUUUCUUCACCAUUCUGCGGUUUUGCACGCGACACAUUAUGAGACGCUCCGGAUUCAGACGACGGCGAGUGCGAAGGAGAUAAAAACCGCAUUCUACCACCUCUCCAAACUCUCCCACCCCGACCGCAAUCCCACCGACCCCACAGCCUCAACCCGCUUUGUCCACAUCUCCGAAGCCUACGCCACUCUCCGCUCCCCCGAAAAGCGGCAACGCUACGACCGCGACCUUGGUCUACACCAUCAUCAUCCGCAUCCCUCCCACGCCAUCCACCCCGCUGCGGCGCCAGCACAAUCGCACUACGGCCCCGCGGGCGGCCGCGCACCGAGCGGGCUGAGUAGGCGCCGCGCGACGUUCAGAGGGGCACCAGCGAGUUUUUAUAGAAGCGGGGGGUGGGGCGAACAUAGCGCUAAACGGCGGGCUGCGCAGGAAAACAGCUCGGGGACGACGGGGGGAGAGGCGAGACCGAAGACGGAGGGGGGGAUGGGGUGGGGACAGAGUGCGUGGGUUGCUGCUGAGGAGGCGAGGCAUUUUGAUCGAGGGAGUCAUUUGAGGACUUUUAGGAAUCAUGAGAGGAGGAUGAAGGGGCGGGCUGCUGCUGCGGCAGGAAAGGGGGAGGAAGGGCGGGGGAGGGGCAUGUUGAGGGAUUUUUUGAUUGUGUCUGGGUUGGUUUUUGUAGGGAUUGCGGCGCCGUGGUGGGUGCCUGGGUUGUGGGGGAGGGGGGAUAAGAGGAAGGAGGGGGUGUAG